AUGGAGGCGCCGGAGCUACUGGGCCCGGGGCUGGUGGAGCGUCUGGAGCAGUUGGCGACGUGCCCGCUGUGCGGGGGCCCCUUCGAGGACCCGGUGCUCCUGGCGUGUGAGCACAGCUUCUGCCGCGCGUGCCUGGCCCGCUGCUGGGGGACCCCGCCGGCGACGGGCCCCGAGACGCCCCCCACCGCCUGCCCCUGCUGCGGCCUGCCCUGCCCCCGCCGCUGCCUGAGGUCUAAUGUGCGGCUGGCGGUGGAGGUGCGCAUCAGCCGAGGACUGCGGGAGAAGCUGGCCGAGCCCGGGGCCCGCACGGGGAAACGCCGAGGGGGGCGCAUCCCCACCAUGGGCUGCCUGGACCAGCAGGGAGAGGAUAUGAGGAAGACAUGGCGAAGAUUUGAUGCCCCAACGCCCAGGUCAUCCAACUCAGAGGACGAGCUCCCGGAAGACUACCCAGUGGUCAAAAAUAUGCUUCACAGACUAACAGCUGACCUGACCCUGGACCCUGGCACCGCACAUCGCCGCCUGCUCGUCUCCGCGGACCGCCGCAGCGUCCGACUGGCCCCACCCGGGACACCGGUGCCCCCCGACGGCCCCGCGCGCUUUGAUCAGCUCCCGGCGGUGCUGGGCGCGCAGGGCUUCGGGGCUGGCCGCCACUGCUGGGAGGUGGAGACCGCGGAUGCCGCCUCCGGAGACUCUUCGGGAGAGGAUGAGGACGACGGGGAGAGCCUCUACGCCGUGGGCGCGGCCGGGGAGUCUGUGCGACGCAAGGGCCGAGUAGGGCUGUGCCCCGCCGGGGCCGUGUGGGCCGUGGAGGGUCGCGGCGGCCGCCUGUGGGCGCUCACAGCCCCGGAGCCCACCCUGCUGGGCGGCGCGGGGCCCCCGCCGCGGCGCAUCCGCGUGGACCUGGACUGGGAGCGGGGCCGCGUGGCCUUCUACGACGGCCACUCCCUCGACUUGCUCUUCGCCUUCCAGGGCCCCGGCCCCCUGGGGGAGCGCGUCUUCCCGCUGCUGUGCACCCGCGACCGCGCCCCUCUCCGCAUCGUGCCCGCAGAAGGCUGA